AUGGAUUCCGACGAUGAACAAUUCCAACAAGCGGUAGAUCUAGAGUUCCAAAACCUUGUUGCGGCGGUGCAACGUAAAGCGGAAGAGGCAGAAGAGGCGGCGGAGGCGGCGACUGAGGCGGCGGUGGAAGUCGGCCGGCCAUUCCAUCAUCGGCGAUUUUUCGAUCGUGAUCAUGUCGGGGCAGACCGCAGGUUGAUGGAGGACUACUUCAACGACAACACCCGUUAUCCGCCAGAAGUUUUCCGUCGGCGAUUCAGAAUGUCGAAAAAUCUCUUCGUCCAUAUAGCGACGUGUUUGGCGCAGCGGUUCAGGUGCUUCAACUUGCGAUAUGAUGCCACCGGCCGACCCGGCUUGUCGACUUUCCAGAAGUGUACGAUGAUGGGCGAAACGACUGGACUACAGACGUUGAGGCAGUUUUGCAGGGGGAUCAAGGAUAUCUUCAAAGGGGAGUAUCUACGGAAGCCAUCGGCCGAUGAUUGCUAG